AUGAAUAAUUCUGCUCGCGGCCCCGUAGACUGUCAUCAAUUUUUUUUUGUAGAUUUUAUGUGUGGUGCGUUUGGAAGUUUCCGCUUCUUCGUUUGUUCGAUGGAAUCGAUAUCAUACAGAGCCUCGAACAAAUUGGAACAAAAUUUGGGCAGGCCAGGGCCCAAACGAGUUUUGCAAAGCACAACCAAUCUACUCCAAUAUCCACGACGAGCUCAACCGGGAGUCUCUAAGCAGAAUCUUGCUACAACUGAAGCUUCCAAUGGAGCUGUCCAUAUACUUGAUCGAAGUAACCGCGGGCUGUGCAGUACGAAUCAAAUUGACAAGUUUGGCGCCGAUAGGAAAGGGACCAAGCGGUCUCCGGACUUCAGAAAAACAGUUGGCGUGAUCUCUUGCGCUAAGAUGCAUCUUUUGCUUUCAAUUGUUGAGACUAAGUAG